UUUGCCUGUCAACUCUGUACCACACCAUCCCGCCCAAACUUACUUUGCUCAAUUGCAUGAACACCUAGAUCAAUAAUCUAACAAAGCUUCAUUCUAACCAACCUUCCAACCGACCAAUUCCCACCCUACCGCCAUCAUGCCUCUCACUCUCCAGGUCCCCGACGAGUACGGCUACGUCCUCCUCGUCGCCGCCUCAACCUUCUUCAUCAACACAACCCAUGUCCUCCUGACAAGCAAAUACCGCAAGGCCAGCGGCCUCGUCUACCCGGCCCCCUACGCCUCCAACGAGCAGGCCGAGAAGGACCCCAAGGCAUACCAGUUCAACUGCGCACAACGCGCCCACGCAAACUUCACCGAGAACCAGCCCUCCUUCCUCGGCGCCCUCCUCAUCUCCGGUCUCCGCUUCCCCGUCGCCAGCGCCGUCCUCGGCGCCGGCUGGACCUUGUCCCGUAUCCUCUACGCCUUUGGCUACACAAGCGGCGCUGGCCCCAAGGGCCGGACUCGUGGCUCCAUUGGUUCCUUCCUCUUCGACACCGUCCUCAAGUUCACUUCCACCUACGCCGCUCUCGCCAUGAUUAUGAAUUGGUAAAGGGGCUUGAUCACUUAGUAUGCUGCUUAAUGGAUCACGAUCCAAUCUCUUGCUUUACUAGCCGCUAUGUAAACCAUACAAACAAAAGAAUGCCGGGGAUAGCCGACCAUCAUGUCCCGCAGUAUUGUCCCAGUGAACCGACCCAUUGCUUGAUAACCGCUGCGUACAACCGUGA